AAGAAAUCAAAUUUCUAUUUAUAAAUAAUUAAUUUAGUGCAAAAACAAAAAAAGUAUUAAAUAACUCUUCCAAGAAACAAAUCAAAAAAGAGAAAGAGUUUGCUUAAAAUCUAAGGCAAGGUAAUGAAUUUCGUUUUUAACGACGAAAACUUUUAAUAAAACUUGACCAACUAAUAUCUCCAAUAAAUCCUUCAACUAAAAAGUAUUUAUGGUACCAUUCUAUCCUAAAAUGAAUAAUAAAUUUAAAAUCCCUUUUAGAUGCUUCUCUUGCAACAGCUUCUUUAGCUUCAACAAAGCCAAUUAAGUGGAGCAUAUCAUGAUUUUUACAACCAAAACUCAUCAAUAGCAUCGUCUCCAAUACCUUAUCUCAACACUGAAAACCCUCCUGAGUAUCCUUAAUUCUACUAAUUUCCACGAAUCUAUAAUGCGCAGAUCGAUUAGCUCAACCAAUUUCAAGAUCCUAAGUGCAAAUAUAAUUUAGGGAGCAAAAAAGAUAAGGACAAAGGAGUGGACUUGAAUACCCUCAAUACUACUACUUUAACAGCUAUGAGAGUAGAUUCUGAAUAACAAUAAACAUUUAACCAAUCACUUUAACAAGUGUAAAUCGGUGGGCAAGAUAUGCCAAAAAUUCCCAAACCCAUGGGAUUUUAGCGUGUCUCAAAAAAAAUCCCCACUUAGAAUGAAUUAGCAGGAGUCGGAUCUUAAAUAUCUUAAUCGACUGCGAUAACAAAACUCUAAGAAAUUAAUUUUUCUCUUGCUAAAACAGAAGAAUAAAUAAUUAGAGAUAAAUCAGAAACUAAUGUAGAUUCUGCAUCUAUUUCUGGAACUAAAUCUCCAGUCUUCCCAUUAUUGUCUUAUUCAAAGGUAUGUGACUAAGAAGCUAAUUCUCAAUAAGAAACUGCAUGUGAGUUUCUUGGCACUAUUACAAUGAAUAAAUAAAGCUCCAAUAAAAAAGAUAUUUCCGAGGAAAUUUCUAACUCAAAUUGUUUAGCAGCUUCAACUAUUAGCUCAACAGCUAUUCCAAAUAGUCAAUAUUAAUCUAUCAUUAAGGACUGGGAUUUUUAAAAGCUAAAAAAUAUUACUGACCCGCUAAUUUUAAAAGAUAUCGCUGAUUGCAUAUUCAAAAAUUAAAUUAAAAACGCCCCAUAAUCUUAAAGUUAUUAAAUUUUACAAGGAUAACAUUCUCAAUUUACUUCUUCAACAUUUAAUUAAUUUUACGAUUAGCUUUCUGAAGGCAAGAAAUGUACUAGCUUCAUCUUAGAAUAGACUUAAAACUCAACAAGUUCAUCAACACCAUCUUUCAUCUAACUACCUCAAUCCUCAUCAACAUCUUCUUCAUUAUCAUCACCCUCACCUCCUUGCUGCUUUGCUGCUACUGGGAAUUAAAAUUGCAAUUAAGAGACCAAAAAUGCAAUAACAGGUGAAGGGCCUUCCGAAUUACAAGAAAAGAAAAACAAAGAGACUAAUCAUAUAUUAAAGAAUAUAUAUGAAUAUUUAGAUACUUUGAAUUUGAAUAUUAAUUUCAAAUAAAAUGAAAAUUAUGAUUUGAUAAUCAGCAAAAAGUUUCUUGAAAAGCAAGAGUAAACCAAUCUUUCUUCAAAUGUAUCUUCUCAUCAAUCACCUGAAUUGAGAGAUGCUUUUGAUCAAGAACUUCUUGCAGCUUCUUCAUUAAAUCAAAUAAAUACCUCACUUUUGGAAUAGGAAGAUGCCAUUAUUGAAGAAGGUAUCAUGAAUAUGAACAACCAAGGAUCUUCUAGUGAAGGAACAGACGAAGAGAAUUAACAUGAAAACGAAAACUACGAGCCUGUUAAAGUAAAGAAACGGAGUGGAAAACUUGAUAUUGCUCCUCUGGAACAAUUGUAAUCAGAAAAACAGAGCAGCAGCCCCGUUUUGAAACCCUAAAAUGAUACUAAAUAUGAAAAUUGUAUCUAAGCCAAAUGUAGCAUGGCUAAUAAAAAUGCUGUCCUUGACUAGUCUAGUGGUAGCUAGAAUAGAAGUAGUGUUUAAGACACAUUUAUGAAUGCUAGGAGAAACAAGAAGAGAGAACAAAAGAUUUAACAGACUAUUGAGCAGAAUUCAUAGUUAAGCACUAAAUUCCACAACUUAACUCGUCUUCUGAUGUAUAAAAUCAUUCAGAUCUUCAAAGAUGAGGCCAACUUAAGAUAGACUUACAAUAUUAGUCCGGAAUUAUCUUCAAGUCUUAAAUCAGUUGCUGGAAAAAUAAAGUAGCACUCUCGCGAUACUUGCAAAUCCUCCGUUAAAACCAACUUCUACACUCACAGCCACUAUAACGCUCUCUUUUUAACCCUUAAUGAAGAAAAUGUUAAGCAAUUAGCUGCAAGCUAAAAAGAUGUUGAUGCUCAUAAGUUCAUCUUUGGACUUGACCUCACAAAUGUCAGCGCAAUACAUCUCACUUUUGCUAACAUUGUUAAAAGUGUUGCUUAUGAAAUUGUUAAGAAAAACUUAGAAGCAAGUAUAAUGAAAGAGCAAAUAAGCAACUAACAACAAAUUGCUAAUGCAGGUAAUGGACAAGAUAAGGAAUCCAUGUAAAAUCACAUUAGCAACUUGCGCUCUCAGUAUUUUUAAAGAGCCUUUUAAGGUAUUACUAAGAUGAGUAAUGGAUAAAUUGUAAGUAGAUUUUGA